UUCUACAGUCCACAGAACAUUGUCAUGGCCCUUAUUCUCACUUCAAAGGAAGAGGUAAAACAAAUACUAAUUGGUUUUCACUUUUCUCUAUGAUGAUAUUAGGCUACUAAAUUUUAAGUUGAGUACUAAAAGCAAAGAUAUCUAAUAUAUCAUGACUUUCUCAAGAAGUAGGACAUAGAUCAAAGAGCAUGGGCAAUGGCACUGGGACUACCAAAUUAAUUGUUUCAUUUCUUAGCUUCCUUUGGCAGUCACAGGCUGCUAUUACAGUAUUACUUUUAACCAGUAAUCUCAUUUGACUAAUUCGUGUAAUGUGGGCUCUUUUGAGAGAUUUCUUGAUUAAUACUUUAUCAGUUACCGAUUUAGAGAAUUAAUGGUUGAGAUCACUGAUAAUUAUGGCCUGACAGUUUUCUCGUUAGACGGUAGACACGCUAGGAGCUCUGGACGAAUUUUUGACCGUAAGAUUGAUUAAAAGUGGUCAGGUAAUGAUUGACUGAUCUGGGAAUCUCUAAAAAACCGCCAUUCCAAAUCGAAGCACUAUAAUCAAUUAAAUAAUUGUUAAUAAAUUAGCAAUCUCCUGAACCUUCCUCUCGUCCAGAAUAAUGACACACCAGGACAACAUGACAUCAGGACUACAUGAACACCGUAGUGAACGUUACAUCUGGAUCCUCUUCAACACCAUCGUCCUCCUUUCCUCCCUGAUCGGAGACACCGUCAUCCUGUACGGGACCAUCAGACACAACGCUAUCACCCUGCACAGAGUUGUAGUGGUCCUCAUCCAGCACCUCGCAGUAUGUGAUAUAUUCCUAGCUGUCUUCAGAGUCUUCCCCACCAUUGUGUCUCUCAUCACGGACAGAUGGGUCUUUGGGACGUCUCUCUGCUACCUCAAUGACCAUGUACAUUGGUUGUGUAACCCCCUGGUGAUGGCCCUGACAUGUGCUCUCUCCAUUGCUAAGUUCCUGUCUGUAAAGUUCCCGUUCCGAGCUGACACCUGGACCAGGAAACAAGCUCACAUUGCAUGUUUCGUCCUCUGGGGAGUCUGUCUUAUCUCACCUUCUCAGCUGAUCCGUGCAGUCUACAGUAAACAAAACUCAAUGCAUUUCUGCUACAUUGACUACUCCUGCAGCUAUAACAUGUCCAUCAAUAACACUAAUGCUCCCACAUGGCUGUACUACUCUACUUCUACUUUCUUGCUUAUCUCUCCCAUUCUUAUCUCAUUCCUCCUCCUCUCCACCUGCACACUCCUACUGGCUCAAGCCUGGAAAACUGCUCGCAGAUACCGGCAACAUCUCCGCUGGCAGGGUAUUUUAACAGUCACGCUUACCACUGCUGUCUUCUUUGUCUCCUUGGGACCUUACUUCAUUGUCAAAACAACAAACGAUACUGUUGAAUACCAUAUCUCAACUCAGAGAGCCGUGGAGUUUCUUCAAAACAUCAACAUUAUGGCAAACUUUUUUGUGUAUUCUCUAACGGUGAGGAGUUUUAGGCGGUUUCUGAUGAGUAUGUGUGGGGUGGGCAGGGUCAGCAUAUCAGUUACCCGGACUGCUGAUAACCAAUAUAGUCACGUGUAUUUGUCACAAAGACAACGUUCAUUGCAGCCCAUGAACGUGUCACCAAGAAAACGGGAACGUUCAUUGCAGCCCAUGAACGUGUCACGGGGAGGUCGUCAUCCGAGUCACAUGGCUGUUUUAUCAGUGAUAAGAGCAGGACAGAGUCGGCUGCGAACACAAGACGUUCUAAAUCAAUCAUCUGUGUGAACAUCGAACGUUUGUUUGAUUUUAACAUCAUGGUAGUACUAUAUAUUUCUUAAUUUUAUCUUUUUAUAAUACACUUUAUCGGACGUUAUUUGACCGGACAUUGGGUGAACGGACAUAAAAAUUAACACUAGGGCCUCCAGCGUCCAAUUAUU